GAGCCACACUACUCACACUUUAAAAAAAGUUAGUCUACUGUUGACAUCACUGUGGAGUAUACAUAUUUCUAUAAUUCAAGGUUAAACAAAAUGCCGAAAAAACUAAAAGUGGUUGUUAGAUCUCUGUAUUCUCAUGAGAUUCGUAAAGAUGUGAGUUUGGAAAAUUUAAAGUCACUCAAACUGGAAGAUGCUUGGCCAUUUAUUAGAGAUGAAAUCGAGAUCGAAAUUGGUAGCAGCCAGCUCGUUUGUAUUCCGCAUAUUACCGAAGCCGAUCUGUAUAAUGUCACGUCUCUGUUUGUACCAAACGAAAAAGAAAUAAACGGUAAAAAGUUCACGCCACUCGGACAAUUAAAGAAGAAUAUAAAUAGGGAGAAAUCAUCUCCCGAAUACGUAGAACUGCUGGAUCAAGGAGACUUUCACGAAACCGACUUCAAGUUUCCACAUGAAAGCGUUAAGAUAACAUUACAAGAUGAAUCAAUAAAAAAUAAAGUAAGAGUCAUUAUGGUAAAUUUCUCACAAGAUAUAAUUCCCAAAGGCAAGGAUUUUGUUAACAAUAUUUAUUUGGACGUGGAAAACAACAAAGCUUUAAAAGGCAAAAAAUCAGUUUACAUGAUAACCAAAGUUUUAAUGGCAAAGACCAUAGAGUUCAGGGUUACUAGAGGGACUUCGUCUAGAAUUUUCCACCUGGGCAAUGCUUCGCCUCUUGUCUUUGGCCUAGAAGAAUUUUUGAUUGGAGAUGAUGGAAAGUUAAUUGCUAAGGAGGCCGUGACAAUUAAAUCGAAGUUUUUACACUGGCAAAAGUUGGACCCUUCUGAUCACCUCUACAUCCCUGACAAUGAAGAAACCGCCUGUGCACAGUAAAAAAAAAUACAUGGGAAAGGCCCGUACACGAAGAAGAGUCGAUUAAACUUGCUUGAGAGAAAUAAAAUGGCUUAAUAAUACUGCUUGCUCUCGAUAAAACUACAGUGUAGACUGUAGGUAGGAUAAAUACAAAUUGAAUGCUAAUUAUUCAUCACAAUUACGAUUUAUUAAACGUUUAUCAAUUAAUGACAAAUUUUGAUAGAUAACUAAUAAUUAGUCAACUAAAAAGUAUUUAUUACUCAUACAUACUAUAGUUUAAAUGCGUAUACAACGAAUAAAUUACUAGUUAAAUAAUGCGCAUAAUAUAAAUAUACGCCGCAUUUUGAUCCUCAAAAACAUAUUAAUUAAAAUUUAUAGAACGUUUGAAAUUUCCUAAAUAUAUUUUUAUAUAAAAACUCUCAAGUUUAUAACAAAAAAUAUACAUAUAUAAUAACAUAUAUUAUUAUACAUAAUUCAGCGUGCUAAUGCUCCGUGUUAAAAGAUUUAAGUAAUUUAAAAACAUUCUCAAAUUCUACUGAGAAAAUAUUUUCUAAAUGACGAAAAUUUCCGAUGUAGUUUAUUUAUUCAACUGUUAUUAACUUACUUUCAAAAUCAAAAGAUUAUACAAAAAGUAUUCGGAAAUUUGGAAUCAACUAAUAUCGGUUCCAUGGUGUAAUGGUUAGCACUCUGGACUUUGAAUCCAGCGAUCCGAGUUCAAAUCUCGGUGGAACCUGAUAUUUUUUGCUUUGUUUUUUUUUUUUAACUUAAGAGCAUUUAUUACCAAACAUUUCUGCAUUGUAUUGUUUACUUAAUAAAUAAUUUAAGUUGUUUUAUGAUAGAUAUUUGAAAUGUUAAUAAGUAAAAGGUAACUGACCCGCCUAGUAAUGUAAAAAUCGCACUUUUGAUCGAAGCCCAGUGGGGUUUUAUUAGUGAAAUGAAAAAAGUCGUAAUAGUUACCUUGAAAAAGGGCUUCAUUAUUAUAUAAUUAUAAAUAGAUAAGAUUGUCUGGCGUCUCUGUUAUGUAUGGGUCUUUAACGCAGGUAAAUAACCGAGUAUUUAUCAGAUAGUCACACUUCACAGUCACACUUAAAUCAUUGAUUUAAAGUAGACCUAGGUUUUAGAAUAACUAUGUUAAGUAGUGCAUAGUCAUGACAAGAUUGGCUUUAGAUUUUAAUAUAGGCUUAUAUUUUAAAAUUUAUUCGUAGCAUUAAGAGAAAGAGCGAACUCUCAGUAUUUAAUUAAUUGGCGAAAAUGAUCAAGCAAUAAGAAAGAAAGAAUUGGUGACAUUUAAAAAUGUGUUGACAUUCCAAAAUUAUGCAUUCGUCAAAAUGUAAGGCUUAACUGUGAUUUUGGUUUUGUUUACCAGUAUUUUAUUCAUAAUUUAUUUUAUUAUGACCCUAAUAAGCAAUUUAAAUGUGAUUACUUUGAAGUACUUAAUUUUUAUUAUAUUGUCGCGUGUUUACUUAUUUGUGUGAUAAAUCAUGUUCAAGUUAUAUCAAAUAAAAUGAGUGUUUUAAAA